AUUAGUGUACAAGGGGAAUAAAUUGGCCAUAUUAAAGUUCUAGUCAAAUAGAGAUGAGUAAACCUGGUCCUGCCCCACUGUUUAAGACCUUUGGACCACAUUGUAAAACCUGGAAGAGACAAACAAACCUCUAGGAAAACAGCAUGUGAAAACAUCUUGUUCCCUGACUAAUCCUAGAUCUCUUCUACCAAGAAAUGUGGCAGGUGGUGACGUCUUCCCGGUGGACCCUGGCCUUUGCUGAGGGGCUCUGAUCAUACAUUUCCUGUUCAUCCUCAAGAGAUUUAUCACCAUAUGCAAACAAGCAGGUUCCAUCUCCUUUGUCUCUCCUAUGAAAAGGAUAGUAUCUGAAGCUUAAGUGUGUUCAGUUCCAAUAAACUGCAAAUAAAAAGAGGUUAUUCCACCCCUAAUAAAGGGAAGAAGCCUGGACUUCAGAUCUAAUUUGGAAGAUAUCACAAAACUAUUUUAUAUUUCAUGUUUUAUAUUGAUGAGUCCAAAGUAAUUUGCCUAAUAGCAGACUUAUUUCCUUAUAUCAGAGGUUCCCAAAUUUAUUUGACCAACCUCUUCCCCUCUUCAGGGGGGAAAAAAAUACUUAGCACCACCCUGGAAACCUGUUUUGUGAUUUUUUUUUUUAUUUUUGGGUCACAUCAGUGAGGUUCAGGGAUCACUUCUGGCAGUGCUCAGUGGACCAUAUGGGAUGCCAGGGUUGAUCCCAAGUCAGCCAUAUGCAAGGCAAUUACUCUACCUACUGUAUUAGCUCUCUAGCCCAGCAAACCUUUAAACAAACAAAUGGAAAGCACCCCCACAGUUAUACCCCAUAAUUGGAGACUACUCCAAUUCCAGCACGUUAAGAAAAGUAAACACCUGUCAGUAGUAAAAAUAGUAGUAACAACUGUUUUAAAGGGGGAAAAGGGUUGGGGUCACUCCUGGAAGUACAUAGGGAACCUUGAGCUGCGGGGAAUUCAACCAUGGUCUCCCAUAUGCAGUACACGUGCACUCUUGGAGCCAUCUCUCUCGCCCAUCUCUAGCUUCCUUCUGUGUAUCUGGAUACAUCUGGAUCCUACUCUUUCUCUUCUCACAGCCAGUUCCCAACACCAUCUGUUCCCAAAAAGCUGGUGUUUUCACCUUCUGUCUCAUUGUGCUCCAUUCCAUCUCACUUCCUUCCCAAUUUACCAUCUUGGGGCUGAGAGCAGGGUGGGGGUGUUGGGCCACACCCGGUGGUACUCAGGGAUCACUCCUGGCAUAGCUCAGAGAACCAUAUGGGGUGCCAGAAAUCGACCCCCAAACAGCUGCACAUAAGGCAAGUGCCUUACCCACUGUACUAUCUCUGACUGCAACUUCUUAAAAGCUGUUUUUUAGAAAUGACUCUUUAUACACUGCUUCCAAGGCUUACUCUCCAGCAUUGCAGACUUGCUCUAAGCAUAAACUAUUUUGCAGGAGGCUCGGGACCCUUUUUCAGAACAUAAACUACCCAUAUCAUUGCUACCUCAUGUGAGGGUCUGCCUCACCUGGCUCUUACUAAAGACCCAGAAUUUCAAACCUACGGUUUUGAAUCCUCAUUUCUGUAAGAUCUCCAGGUGAUUUAUAUAUAUGUACAUUGAAGUUUUAAAAAAGCAUUAACUUAUUAAAUGAUUUUUAAUGAGUCUACAAAUUAAAAGUUAAAAUCAGAUGAAGCCAAGAACUGAAGUGAUACAGAUGCAUGGAUUCAGGGGUCCAUUAACUUAAUUUGGGCAGGUAGGGGGGGAAGAAUAUACUGAUUUUGAAGAAACCAGAAGCCAAAAGCAUGAAGAUUUUAGUGUAUAUACAGACUUGGUGUGUACUCACCCAUCACCUACCCCGCUUCUUUCCUAUUACUUUGUCUACAUUAAACCCUUUUCCUAAUUGCUAAAAAUUGAGCCCUUCCCAACCAGCCACCUGCCCUUAGUUUUCUGAGUUGUCGUGGCAGAGACCAGAACAGGCGUGUCCUGUCCACCACCUUUGAAUCCAGCUUUUCCUUUCCGAGAGCCCACCUCUGGGAGCCAGAGUGGCAGUCCAGAGGGUAGAGCUAUUUCCCUGCACCCAGUGUAGUCCCCCUAACCCUGCCAGGAGAAUCCCGAGCACUGCCGGGUGUGGCCCGAAAGAGAGCCCACUUCCCUCUCUGUCCUGUAUAAUUAAUGGAGGCUGUACGCUGCAUCCUGGAAGGUCACAGGCACCAGAAUUUGACACACUCAAGCCUCAAUCCGAGCUUCCCCUCCUAAAAGAAGCAUGAUUUUGAGUAGCGACUUGACCACUCUGGGUUGUUCCUGGACUUUAAAAAUACUAUUAAUAAGAUAGUUCUUUACUUUAGCCCAAACUGUUGAGGAAUGGGAGAACUGUGCGUGGUAGUCGCAUCGCACCCAGCCCCCAGCUGGAAACUAACUGGCCUGGCAACACUGCAAGGCCGUUUGCUGAGCAGGAGGAACUGGACGAGGCUGGUGCCUGACGCAACACUCCACUUUUCUGCUUGCCCGAGCUUGUUCCUUCGCAGUUGGGGGCGGGGCCAUCGGGUGAGUGGCGGGUGGCCCGCCCCGGGCGUGACGUCGUCCUGGUGGUGUUGCUGUGGCCACACGUGGUAGGGCUGAGUCCGCCUCAGACUCGGCGCGCUCCGCGUUCUCAGCAACAGCUGCUGGUCUUCCUGCUCGUCCCGUUCGCUAUGUCUACGUCCACGAGCUGCCCGAUUCCAGGGGGCAGGGACCGGCUGCCCGACUGCUACAGCACCACGCCAGGGGGCACGCUUUACGCCACCACCCCGGGAGGCACCAGGAUCAUCUACGACCGAAAGUUCCUGCUGGAGUGCAAGAACUCACCCAUUGCCCGGACACCCCCCUGCUGUCUCCCUCAGAUUCCAGGGGUCACAACUCCAGCAGCCCCACUCUCCAAGCUAGAGGAACUGAAGGAGCAGAAGGAGACAGAGGAAGAGAUACCCGAUGACGCACAGUUUGAAAUGGACAUCUAAUCUGGUGCAGAUGACCCUGUGCGGGAGUGAGAGGGAUCCCUCCUGCCAUUGCUGCCGCCACCUCUUCUGGGGUAUCCAAAGGCCAACUGGCUUCAUGUUAUCUGGAAGGGAGUGACUUGGUUCUGGGCCUCCCUUAGUUCUGAGGCAGCUAGACCUGAGAUAAGAGUGGGCAAUUUGCCAAGCCCUUCACUCAACUUUCUCUGGUCUGUAGGCACCCUUCCUGAUCCACAGCCCUCCCUGCUCAUGGACUGAGGCUGGGGCUGGGACUGGAACUGGGGAAUGGAGUAUGUCACUUCUGACUGCUUAGUAAACUUUAAAAGAAAUGCGUUGACUCCUGUGUUUUCUUCAAUGCUUAUCUUCCAUCACGGCCACACAGCUGAAGUCCCCAGAAGCCCUCGGGAUUAGAGCCUCUGGUCUAUUUCCAGCUUCCAUUGAGCACAUUUCCACCAUUAUUUAGAGCCUGCGGGAGAUUACAGUGGCAAGCUACCAGAGCUACUAACCAUAAGUGGCAUUAGUUUGACCCCUGGAAGGACUGUUCCAGCCUUUCCAGGAAGUGGCAUUCCUUCAAUUGAACCCGCAGUCCCUCCCUACCUGUUCCAAAGCAGGAAAAAAGAGGCACUGCAAAUCUUCAAACUACUCCAGUCUCUCCCUUUGCAUUUUCUGCCUUUGACCUGUAAGUACCAACCCUUUAUUUCAACACUGAAAACCUGUAUCUCUUUC